AUGAAAAAUCUCAGAAUAUGUGGUCUAGAGUCUCUAAACAACUUGGAAACCGAGCGUGAUGAGCGCAAGCUCUGCUACAUAACCCUCGUCAUGCUUAAGAAUAUUCAGGGGUCCCUACACCCACCCGGAAAUAGCUUGGACUUACUUGCAGAGCCUGGUGAAACCGUCUCUCCGUUGGGAGCCAUGAUCUUCAACAAAGACACUGCCCGUGGUAACGGCAGUGACUCCAAGCCAGACAUUGGCAUCGUUGGUAGCAGUGUUUACACCAGCGAGCUGUGGGCGAUGGCAUGUAAUUAUGCUGCCAGUCACGUCGGCGUUGAUGCUCAUCCCCCCUGGUCUCCGAACUCUGAUUACACUAUGAUAAAUUUUCGACACUGCGAGCACGAGAGCCUCAUGCCACUGAGGUUUCGACUUCAUGCAAGUCGCUUCCAAGAUUACCCCCCCGCCGAACUUCAGGCUCAUCGUGACUACUGGAGCCCAUGGCUAUUUUUCCAGUUGGUUUGGCAUGCGGUACCUUGUUUAGUAAACCAUCCGUUUUUGCUAUCUAUGCGACUUCGCAACUUCCGCAGGACAAUGCCUCAGUCAUUCCUUCGCAAUUCUUUCGAGCAGCUGACCUUCCACUCGGGAUGGGUUGUUCAUUUUCUCGAGUUGAUCGAGACGAAAAGUUUUGAGGUGUCAGACCCGACUAUAGGGCAAUGCGUGGCAAUUGUCGCUACAAUCUACCUUCAACAUAGUUUUGUCGAGGAUCAAGCUUUUAACAGGAAGGCGCAAACGGGAUUUGAGAAAUGCCUCAGAUUUCUACGCAACAUGGGGCGUCGGUGGCCACACAUCGAUCGCCAGGUCCAGCAACUGCAACAACUCAAGGAUAGCGUUUCUCCCGGAGGCCUUAUGACAGACAACACCGCCCCAGGAGGAAUCCAUUCUCGUCAGAAGUGGUCCGUUAAUCUGCAGCUGUUAUGGAAGAUCUUAGUAUAUGCCCAUGCAAGCAAUACAUCAGAUCCUGCCGGCGACAUCUUCGGCCCGGAGCUUGCCAAAGACAGUAUCGGAUGCUCAGGGGACCCUUCCGCUGGGGCUAUCACCGAGCGUGACUUUGCUUUGAUUGGAUCCGCUGGAAUCUCAGGCCACAAGACAGUGGCUUCCGAGUGUGUCACCUAUCCACCGGAGCAGACUGAGGAUCCCAUACAAGCGCCGACUCAAGCCUCACCGAGAAUGGACCUUUCAGGGCUUUCGGGAGAUCCCAAUAUUGAGUUUAGUGGUGGUGACACGUUGUUCCUCCAGCUUCAAGAUUACGGGAAGGCAUUUGAGGAUUGGUUGAGUGUUAAUCCAACGUCUGCAGGUGAAGUUGGAAUCUAG